AGCCUUGAAGCCAUGGAGCAUUUGUCUUGGGAUUUGGGCGGGAAAGCGAAUACUCCAUAACUCAAAUAAAAAUGGCUGCAAUUUCCCGCGCAAUUUCUUCGGCUCCCCUACUACUCUUUAGGUCUCCACUGUUGUGAGAUUGAAUCACUGAUACUGAGGAGGCCAUUGCAGAUUGUUCAAAGAAAGGGGCAAAAAUAUGCCGCCAAGGAAGAAAUUAAACGCUUCAUCAUCUAAGAAAUCCGCACAAAACAACUCUCAAUCUUCUAAGUAUGGUAUUCAACAUUUUUUUGAGCGUCAUUCUCAAAACCCUAACAAAAAUGCUUCUACUUCUUCUAUUCAAAACCCUAAAUUACAUUCUUGUACUUCAAAUUCCCAUAUUUCGAAACCUAUAGAAUUGGAAGUAUCUGAAAGUGGGUCUAAAUCAGAAAACGGAGUUGUUAAGAAAGGGGGUUUAUCGACUUGUGUUCAAAACCCUAAAAAUGGGGUGGAUUUGAAAAGGGUUGAAAAUGAUGGUUUUGAGAAAAGUAGUAUUUUUGAAAAUGGGGGAUUAUUUUCUGCUUCUGGUGAUCACAACGCUAAAAAAAGAGUUGAAAAUGGAGAGUCUGAGAAAAUUAGGGUUUCUGAAUGUAUGGGUUUAGUUUCUGCUCUUGGUGAUCAAAUCCCUAAAAAAGGGUUUGAAAAUGGAGUUUCUGAGAAAAUUGGGGUUUCUGUAAAUGUGGGCUUAGUUUCUGCUGCUGGUGAUCAAAACCCUAAACUUAGAUUGAAAUUGGGAUCUGAGAAUACUCCGCCUGAGAAUUUGUUGAUUGAUUUGACUAAUUCCGAUGAUGUUGUUGAUGUUUCGCCGGAAUUCUCAAAAUGCAAGCUUAGAAAACGUGCCAAAUUCUCUCCUGGGAUGUUAAUAAAGCAAAGUCAGGAUGAUGGAGGAGAAGAGGUGACAUGGAGGAUCACGCCAGUGAACGAGCGUUUACAAGCAAUUUCGAAGCUUGCUCCUGAUGUGGUAAAAGCAUUAGCUGAUGCUUCAAGGCGUAACUCUUCGGCUUUUCAGCAAUUGUCUGAUAAUUCUGGCGGAAAGGUUCAUGAUGUUUGUUCCACAUCUACAAUGGAGGCAGCUAGAACAUAUAUUAAUUCAAAUGAUGCUGUCCUUAAAAUGGCUAGUCACGGUGAGGAUAUCUAUUUGGACAGCCAAAAUGGCAGCAUGCCUGUUUUGCAUAAUACAGGCUCUACAAGUACUCAAAGCCCUUAUAGAACUCCACCUUCAUUGUCUUAUCGUCAUGAUAAGCCCACUCAGAGUGCUAUUCAUAAUGAAGGUCUAAGAGAAUGUACUGGACUAAGGCUACAUAAAAGGGACUUGCUUGAACUUCUUGAUCAAGUAGAGAAUGCAAUUUCAAUUGAAGGGUCCCCCUUGGAUGGACAACAGUUACUUUCACCUGGUAUUUGCAAUAUACUCAGUGACGGGGAACCCAUAAAAGCGAAUUCUUGUGAAAAUAGAGUGGCAAUAAACGCACAAAAGGAGGCUGGUAUAGGAUUUUUUGAUCCUUAUUUUCUUGUUUUGGAGGUCACUGAGCAGCGCGCUACUACUUUAGUGGGUGGUCAAUGUUCAUUGAAGGUUCUCCGCGUGUUAAAUGAACAAAGUGGGGUGGAACAGUCUGUACAUCUAUGGGAUGAAUGGUUUUACAGUGUGAUUGAGCCGGGAGACACCAUAAGAGUUAUUGGUGAAUUUGAUAAAAAGGGAAAUUGUGAUGUAAACCAUGACAACAACCUUCUUAUAAUACAUCCAAAUCUACUACUUUCAGGGACUCGGAUUGCGGGUAGUUUCAGUUGUCCUAGACGAGCAGUUUUGGAUGAAAGGCUGAAAUGUGGUGAAUACGCAACUGCAGCAUUGACUGGAACCUUGUUGCACCAGAUCUUUCAGGCUGGGCUGCUGAUGGAGAAUCCCACAAUAGAGUUGCUUGAAGAAUUUUCAAAGCUUACUGUCCAGAAAAACAUCGAAACUUUGUAUGCAUGCGGAGUACAGGAGUUUGAUAUGCGUGAAACCUUGAAUAAUGCAAUUCCUAGGCUUUGCAAUUGGAUAUUACACUUCAGAGAUUCACAGAAUUCCGACGCACCUACUGUUGAUUUUGGACCCAAUGGUGGACUUGUAAGAGUGACCAUAUGUGAGGUAGUUGAUAUAGAGGAGAUGGCAUGGGCGCCUAAGUACGGGUUGAAAGGGAUAAUUGAUGCUUCCCUCCGUGUAAAAAUGCAUUCAAAUCACAAAGAAGCUAAUGAAGUAAUUAUGCCCUUGGAGUUUAAAACUGGUAAAGCAACUAGUGGUCAGUCCUUUACAGAACACUCUGCUCAAUUGAUUCUUUAUACCCUUCUCUUGUCUGAGAGAUAUAUGCUGAAGAUUGAUUCUGGCCUUCUAUAUUACCUGUCAACUGAUCAGACAUUGGGAACAAGUGUCCAGAGAUCAGACUUGAUUGGACUGAUUAUGCGUCGCAAUGAACUUGCACAUAGCAUCAUUAAAGCUUUAUCGGUCCAACAAUUGCCACCAAUGCUUCAGAGUUCAAAUAUGUGCAAAGGUUGUCGCCAUCUCAAUGCUUGUGCCAUUCAUCAUAAGGUGCAUGGUGGAAGUGCUGAAAAUAGUGGGUUGGGAGACCUUUUUGAGUCGUUAACUGAUCAUUUAACAGCAGCUCAUAAAGUUUUCUUCAAACAAUGGGAGCGAUUGAUUGACCUCGAAGCUAAAGAGUUGCAGCUUCCCAAACACGUGAGAAAGAAAUCUUACAAUUCAAAGAAUGAAAGCAUCUCUAGCUGCCUCACUUCGCUUGUUCUUGAUGCCUCUGAAGAGCUUCAUAUAAGAACAUAUGCCAAAGAUGAACGCUUUGUAUAUCGCUUUGUGCACAAGGAUAGUCCCUUUCCUAAUCAGAAAGUGCAUAAUCCUGAUUCAGAGUCUGCAGCAAAUGACUUGCAUUCCAGCCUUCGAAGUGGUGACCGCGUGAUAUUGAGCACUGAAUCCAACAAUCUUGCCGUUGCAAGUGGUGUUAUUACCCACAUCAGUCGUUCUCAUGUUGCAGUUUCAUUUUCGAAACGUUUACGGCUUCCAAGGAGCACUCAGUCUUCAAUGUCGCAAGAUCUUUUUCAGGAGAUCUGGCGGAUAGAGAAGGACGAACUUGCUACAGCCUUUGCUACCAUGAGGUUCAAUCUGGUACAACUCUUUCUACAAAGUGCACAAAGUGAUCGUUUGAGGAAGCUAAUUGUGGACGCUGAAGCUCCUAGAUUUGACGGCGGGUCUAUCCUUAGCCAAGAUCCUGCUAUAUCCUAUAUUUGGUCUGAGAAGAAUUUAAAUGCUGACCAGCGCAGAGCAAUCAUCAAGAUUCUCACAGCGAAAGAUUAUGCUCUUAUUUUGGGAAUGCCUGGGACUGGUAAAACAUCUACUUUAGUGUAUGCUAUCAAGGCUUUAUUGAUGCGAGGAGCGUCUGUGCUGCUUACAUCUUACACUAACUCAGCAGUCGACAAUUUGCUUAUCAAAUUGAAAAUUCAGGGGAUAGACUUUCUCCGUAUUGGACGAUGUGAAGCUGUGCACAAGGAAAUACAAGGACAUUGUCUGUCAGAUAUGGACAUUCAUAGCGUGGAAGAAAUCAAAUUGAAGCUGGAUCAAGUUAGAGUUGUUGCUGUUACUUGUCUGGGAAUUACCAGUCCCUUGCUUGUAAAUAAGAAAUUUGAUGUUUGCAUAAUUGAUGAAGCUGGACAAACUAGCUUACCGGUAUCCCUUGGGCCAUUGAUGUUUUCUUCCAAGUUUGUCCUUGUUGGGGACCAUUAUCAGUUGCCGCCAUUAGUAACGAGCGCCGAGGCUCGAGAAAGUGGAAUGUCAGUGAGUUUGUUUCGGAGGUUAUCAGAAGGAUUCCCUCAAGCAAUAUCAGCAUUGCAAAGUCAGUACCGUAUGUGUGCAGGUAUCAUGAAAUUGUCAAAUGCACUUAUAUAUGGUGAAAAACUGCGUUGUGGUUCUGAAGAUGUCGAAAACGCUAAGAUUAAGUUAUCAAAUAAACGGUCCCUCCCCUCUUGGUUGAUGGAGGUUCUAGACGCAGACAAGCCAGUAAUUUUUAUUAACACAGACAUCUUACCUGCCUUUGAGACAAGGGAUAAGAAGAUUGUAACUAACCCAAUUGAAGCUUAUAUUGUAGCAGAGAUAACGGAGGCGUUAGUUAAUCAUGGAGUUGAAAAACGGGAUAUAGGAAUCAUCACCCCUUACAAUUCUCAGGCAACUCUGAUCCAGCAUGUUCUAAAUAUGGAUGCUGUGGAAGUCCAUACAAUUGAUAAAUACCAGGGAAGGGAUAAGGAUUGCAUAAUCUUGUCCUUUGUUAGAUCAGCACAAAAGCCAAGCAACUGCACAUCUUCAUUACUUGAUGAUUGGCAUAGGAUCAAUGUCGCUUUAACCCGUGCUAAAAAGAAGCUAAUAAUGUUGGGUUCCUGCAAAACUCUUUCGAGAGUUCCACUUCUGAAGCUUCUCAUCGAGAAAGUUGAAGAUCAAUCGGGAAUAUUUUGUAUCACUAGGAAAGAUUUCGAGCCUAAGAUGGAGUUGAAGCGAUGCAGCCAAAACCGAUAAAUGCAAACCUAUGGCUAUGUUGAUCAUCUUCAUGUAUCCUUAAUUUGUUCUCUUGUUAAGAGACCCCUGUCUCAAAUUUUGUAUGGUAAAAGAAAAUGGGAAAUGGGGUGGUGUAUUCUCAUUUUUGUAGCAAUGUAUAUGUAUGUACAUAAACAACACUUCAUUUUUGAUAAAUGAGUUCAUUGAAGGCCAUUGAAGAUAAUCUACAUUUAUCCAUG